AUGAUGCCGUCGGAGAGCGGAGCUGAGAGCCGGGACCCGGCGGCUGCGCAGGCUGGGGCGGCUGCGGCCUCGGCGGUGGCCAUGGCCUCCCAGGCAGGCGGCGGCCCCGACCCGGAAGCCUCUUCGGCUUCCCUCGGACGGCACCUGAGUGGGCUGGGCUGGCCACAGGUGAAGCGGCUGGACGCGCUCCUGAGCCAGCCGAUUCCCAUUCACGGGCGCGGCAACUUCCCCACGUUGAGCGUGCAGCCCCGGCAGAUCGUGCAGGUUGUCCGCAGCAGCCUGGAGGCACAGGGACUGCGCGUGCAUAGCGUGCGGCUGCACGGCUCGGCUGCCAGCCAUGUGCUGCACCCCGAGAAUGGCCUGGGCUAUAAGGACCUGGACCUAGUGUUCCGCGUGGACCUGCGCAGCGAGGCCUCCUUCCAGCUAACCAAGGAGGUGGUACUGGCCUGCCUGCUGGACUUCCUGCCCUCUGGUGUGAGCCGGGCCAAGAUCACGCCACUCACACUCAAGGAGGCAUACGUGCAGAAGCUGGUGAAAGUGUGCACAGAUGCGGACCGCUGGAGCCUCAUCUCUCUGUCCAACAAGAGUGGCAAGAACGUGGAGCUCAAAUUUGUGGACUCAGUCAGGCGCCAGUUCGAGUUCAGCGUAGACUCCUUCCAGAUCAUCCUGGACUCCCUGCUGCUCUUUGGCCAGUGCUCAUCCACGCCUAUGUCUGAGACCUUCCAUCCAACUGUGACAGGCGAGAGCCUGUACGGGGACUUCAACGAAGCCCUGGAGCACCUGCGGCACAGAGUCAUCGCCACACGCAACCCCGAAGAGAUCCGCGGCGGUGGCCUCCUCAAGUACUGCCACCUCCUGGUACGUGGCUUCCGACCACAGCCCAGCACCGAUGUGCGUGCCCUGCAACGCUACAUGUGCUCCCGCUUCUUCAUCGACUUCCCGGACCUGGUGGAGCAGCAGCGCAUGCUGGAGCGCUACCUGGAGGCCCACUUCAGCGGGGCCGACUCAGCCCGCCGCUAUGCCUGCCUGGUGACAUUGCACCAGGUGGUCAAUGAGAGCACUGUGUGCCUCAUGAACCAUGAGCGCCGCCAGACGCUGGACCUCAUCGCCACCAUGGCGCUCCAGGCGCUGGCUGAGCAGGGCCCAGCUGCUGCUGCUGCCCUGGCCUGGCGCCCUCCAGGCCCCGAUGGGGCUGUGCCCGCCACUGUCAACUACUAUGUGACCCCUGUGCAGCCUCUGCUGGCCCGGGCCCACUCCUGCUAUCCCACCUGGCUGCCAUGUAACUGACUCAGACCCUGGCCAGGAGCGACUGGGCCUCCCCAGAUGGAGUGGGGCCUCCAGGAGUGUGUGGAGGGUGCGUGGGGCGUGGUAGCUUCAGUGUUCAUCAUCUUGAAUUGAUUUCUAUGGGCUAGAAAGGGCCUUUUUGGCUAUGGCCAGCCUUCAGUGAGCCAGCAGCCUCCAAGGGCCUGCUGCCCACACAAUGACUAAAAUAUGGUGCAUUAUGGGAACUAGUCACUUUGGGUCAGGCUGGGCCACUCACAGGGCCUGGUGGUCGAACCUGGCUAAUCAAUGCGGGGAGGGAAGGUGAGGCAUGAGGCAGAUCCACGGAGAGGGAUAUGUUUGGCCCAGUCCCCUAACACUCCUAUCCUCAGCUGUCAAGGUGUGAGGUGAGCAGGCACCAAGUGGCCUGGGGUGGUACACACGCCAUGACCUUUCUAGGGUGUUGCUUCCUUCCCCAAUGUCAUGAGGAAUACUCCUGCCUGGGAGCUUGUUCUAGGAGGGGCCUAAAGUGGCCACAGUCAAGUGUUCCCACCCCACUGGCCUGGUUA